UUUAUCGUGUAGCCUCGGCUCGGAGGGAAGGGAUGCGCCUUUGAUGACGUGUUCCUAUUCGGAGUAUAGUCCGUGCUAUAUACCCCUUACAGGACACAGUGAGAGGUUGAAGUAAAAGAAAAUCGAGAGUUAUCCUCAAAUGAUUUCCUGUGGAUGGGGUACGUGCAUGGUAGUUGUUUCCUAUGGCAUCGAAUGAUAAACAAGAUCAUCUCACUGGCCACAAUCAAUUGCCUUGCCUAUAUGAUACAUCAAUGUGGGGAUCUAUCUUGGCUUCAGUGAAAGAACAGCUCCCAUCUUUCGACUCAGAUUCUUCCUCGUCUGAUGACGAUGAUGGGGAAUUAUUCAUCUUCCAGCGAGACGAGGAAGAUCUGAUUCCAGACUUAACUGAAGAACUGGCAGAUGACCCAGAUAUUCAGCAGCUUCUGGAAUCUGUGAAGAACUGGUAUGGAGGGCAAAAAGGUUCAGCCAUUCCUGAAGGGAAAGAUGCUAGCAAGACUUUGCUGGUUGGCCCGGUAUUUACAGACACUGAAGAAAUUCAAACAGGCAUUCAUCUUAGGAUCACUGAAGAAAGUACCAAGUGGCAGAAAGGAGAUACCAAGGACUUGUUUAGAUCGAGAGGUCAGGCUCUUAUCACGGGGCCCCAAGUGGAAGAGUUCCCAACUCUGACCAGUAAAAAAGGUCUCACAACUGACAAUUUAGGGAUUGGUCGUUUAUCUCCCCCUGAAGAGUCAGAUUCCACAAGCAUAAAAGCUAUCAGGAAAGAGAGAAGAAGGAUGAUAGAGAAGAGCAUACUUCACAAGGAAAUCAAGGAGCCUCCACUUGACAGUUUAAAUCGUUCACAAUUCACAAAACCCAUAACCCCUGAAUCCACUGAGUCAGAAGAUAUAGAAGAAAAGCUGCCAGCCAAACAGGAAGGCUUGAAACUACGGGCUCUUGAGAUACUUGAAGAGUGGGAUUUGGAUAAAAUACUUCGAAAUCUGGAGACACAAAAGGGCCAGAGAGAAUGUGUAACAGGAGCCACAUACUGGGAAGCUGAUCCUUCUUUUAAAGGCCAAGAAAGCCUUGCAUCCAACUCCCAGGACAGGCUCAUGGAGCAGCUAGUCGCCAUGUGUGCCAAACAGUCUAAAGGUCUAUCCUCACCCCACAAGAAGCCUUCUGAUGAGCUUUGCCACCCUACGCAGGAUGAGGUCAGAAGCAGAAAUUGUAGGUGUAUGUCCUGCCUAACACCAGGGCAGAGUCAAGAUGUGACUAAAGGCAUAAAGCUGCAGAGGACCAUGGAGCCUCCCACAGUUUUCAUCGACCUCAGGCAAGCUGAGCCAAAGAAAUCAGUGCUUCCACCUAGGUCAGAACACAGAUUCCAGAAUCAAGAGGAUGAGCUCAGCUCCAGUGAUAGCUCUGAUGAAAGUGAGGAGGAGACUCCAGAUGUGAGAGAUGAGAAAAAACCCAGAGAGAGAAUUUCACAAGGACCAAGAAACCAGACGGGUAAAAGUUACCUGCUACAACAGCUCCGUGCUUUUCAGAAGACCUCCCGGUCAUGUGGCACUGAAACGAAAGUGACUACCCAAGAGGGUCAUGGUACCUGGGAUGCUGAAACUUUUGAAGACAUGGCCAAAUCAGGAAUCAGAAGGAAACAAGAAGUGAAAAUAAGAGACACACAACAGAACACUUCAGUGAGGCCACUGAAAUCUGAAUACCUUCCUCUGCUAGACCAGGAGACCAUAGGUAGAGGAGAAAAUCAAAAGGGCAUUCACAAGAAUCUAGAUCCUGAAAGAACAAGAGAAACAUUAAGCAGUUGGAAGAACUAAUGUGGAAUGGAACUGUCUGCCUAACUUUCAAGGGUAUUCACCAACAUAAAACCCACAACUUCUCUCAAAGAAGCAAUUCAAAUAAGCAGUCCCUUGGCACAACAAAAUGAGUUGACUUCAUGGAAGGAGAGAGAAUUUCAAAUGAGUCUCAUGCACUGCACUUUGCUCCUGGCAAAGAUGUUGUAACUCUCCAGUAUGACCACUUACACCAUCAACAAGCUCUUAAACAACUUCAUUGACGAAGGAAGCCUUGCUUUCUCACAGCAUGGGAUGCACUUUCAUGUGUUUGCCCUAUAUGCAACAAAUGAAGAAACACAUCACAGCCUUUGACACCUGCCGGAAUAUGAGAGCCCCAAAUUAUAAGAAUCACUCUUCAGUCAUCACUUAGGUUUCUUUUUGUCUCCUAGAAGUAAGGAGACCUGAGCCAUGGCUCAUCGCACAUUUGAAUAUGCUCUUUCAUCUCAUCUAACCAUGACCCUGACUGUGCAGGAGCUAGGACAGCAGAAGACCCAGUCACUGACCCAAUAAACACUAGGUUGAGUAAGGGAAUUUAAACUAGUUUCCAAGUAGGAAAACAGAAAACCAGAAAAAGAUUUUUAUAGUUUUGACUAAGACCAGGAACAGGCCCAGACUGCCUUGAAUGGCUUCCCUGGGCCCUCCAAACCUCCACCCACAUCUGUAUGCCCCUAGACUACCUUAGGACGUGAGCUCUGAAUGGAGCUCUUCAGCUUGAUGUAGGCAUAGCCCAACAUUCCACUACCUGGGUAUUCAAAGGCUUCUUGUUUCUUAAGUCCAAUGUUUCGCCCCCCCACACUUAAUAUCAGCAAAUGUAGUAAAAUAACUAUUUCUCAAAUAAAGUAAUAGAAUAUCAACUUUUAGUUCCAUGUUCAACAGCAGUUCCAAAUCAUCUAUUUGUUACAGAAAUUAAAUUAAGACAAGGUCAGUGGGCUGGGAAUUGCUUUUUAGGGCUAAGUACCGUUAAGCAAAGACAUUUUUUGUAAGGUUUUUAAGUGUGACAACUCUUAACACUGCCUAGUGGUGUAUUAGUAAAUGUUUAACAACCAAUUCUCUGAAAACCCAUAGCACACUUUUAAAUUUAAUCUGUAUUCUUACUUUAUCCAUUACUUUCUUAAAUCUAGACAACCAACAAAAUAAAUCAAGACUUGAUUUGUGACCUUCCAAGGUGCUCACGCUGAAAAUUCAACUGAUUGAGCUGGUAUGAACUAGCUCCAGCACACCCCUAAGUUUGUUCUACUGCUUUAUUAGCUUUUCCAGCUAUCAGUUUGACCAGCUGACUAGAUGGUUCUGUUCUUAUGGUUUGGUCUCAGUACUUCAUAGAGUGGUGAUUUUGUUACAUAUCAUUUGGUUUAUCUUUGUAGCAUUUGUGUUCGUUCUUUUAGCAGCCCAUGAGGUCAAAUUACUAGUGAAAAAUCUAAGUAACACUAAGAUGCCUGUUGGUAUAUGCUGCACCAAGGCAGUGUAUCUUGCAAUCAUAUGUUUAGUUAUUUCACUUGUCAACAUUUAUUUCCUCUACUUAUAAUAUAAAAAGUUUUGUUAAUAAAAGAAGUAUAAAGUUGUUCUUUAUGAAAGAAAAUUAGGAAAUGUUUAUUACGUUCCAACAAACAUAAAAUUCCCAAUUCUAUUCAUGUCCUGGUCUCUUCUUGAGUACUAGAACAUUUUUCAGUUUAGUUCAUUACACUUUUGGGAGAUUUGGAAAGAGACUGAAGGGCUUCUCUAUCAGACCCCUAUUCCCGGGGAAUGGAGAUCAGGUGUUCCAGUACCGUUAGGGUCUUGAAUAAGUCCUUUGAGGAAGACAGUGGGAGUGAAGGGAUGAUGAUCUUAAACUGGCAUGUUAAUAACAUGAGUUUGAGGACUCAGAAGAGAACCUGUCAAUUCAAAAUGAGGAAUGAAGAGCCCUAGGAACCAGGAAGCAGAACUAGGAGGGGGUUGUGGUGGUUUACUGAAGGUAAAACAUCCUCCUGAAUCCUAAACUAGAAGGAAGUGGGCAGAAAGUAUUGGUGAACCAAGGAUGUAACAUUCUUACAUGAGGUGGUAGUUACAAUGAUCUGGCUCACAAAUUUGGGACACCCUGACCCACACCUUCAAAAUCUAGGUGGGCUGGUUACUGCACUGGAAGGGCAGUCCUCGGCCAGGCUGUGCCUAGGGAGCCCAUCCAGCCUAAUCUAGAGUGGUUUCAAGAUGUCUUGCUAUGGUAUCAGGUGAGGGGUAAGUCCUGCGAUUCAGGAUCAUUCGUGGUGGUAUGAAAUAUCCAUAUAUUCCAUUCGUUACAAGAACUAUGUACUCUCUCAAGAUCCUACCCUGUAUGGUCAACUGAUAAACAGCUUGAAGCUUCAGGAGAAGUCAUGUAUUAAACUGCAUUCAGGUCCCAGUCUUCUAAGUCAACAUGAUGUAAUGAUAUCCCAAACCAGGGAGCAAAUUUAGGACUGCACAGCACAGUAUGCUAAAAUGUAUUAAAAACCUGGUCAUAGCGACCCAUCUAACCCUGAGAAUUUCACCACUCGUGCUUAUAAAGCCCCACUUUGGGGAGAGAGAAGGGAGGAUUACAGUUGGGCACAAUGGGUAGAGAAAUAGAGCCAGCAGGUGAAAGACGGAAAGAUUUUGUUUUGGUUUCUAAAUUUGUGCACCAGAGAAGUUCCUAAACCUAAAGCAGAAAAAUGAGUUUAUCACAUUCAGCCUAAUACUUCCAAGGGUCUGAUUUCUUGCAUGUGGACCCUCUCCUCAUUGAUGCAGAUCCCUCAUUAUGGGCAGUUAAGUAAUUAGACUCACCAAACUUGGCCCAACUGGUCCUUGGACCCUAUAUAGUUCUUCAGCAGGCCAUACUGAAAUCCUUCCCAGUUUAGCAGGACCUGCCAGAGCUUGUAUAUACU